CUUCUCUUCUUGUUCUUCAACGCGGAAGUUUCAUAACAGGGGAGUUAUGUGUUGACAUAAGUUGCAUUUGAAUUUAAUCCUUAAAACAGAAGCCUGUGAUUUUAACCUACUUGUCAACAUGGUGAACCUCGGUCUGACGAAGGUGGACGACGCGAUAGCAGCCAAACAUCCCGGGUUGCAAAGCUACGCUGCGUGUCAGUCUCACGCUUUUAUGAAGGGGACUGGAACCUUUGCACUAGGUGUUGCAGGGUUUUUUGCCAUCCAGAAGGCUCUGCAGAUGAGACUCCCCUACCCCCUGCAGUGGAAUCUGCUUAUAUCAAUAAUGGCGUCAUCGUUUUGUAGUUACGCAGUAACUCGCUGGGAAACACAGAAAUGCUCAGACCUUUGGCUGCUGCUAGAGACGGGUAAAGUCCCAGACAGAUCACCGCCACCACCAACAGUAUCUCAUCCAGAGGAUUCAAAAGCUGCUCAGAAGACAAAAUAUGGAGAUGACAUGGAAUAAACACAGUCUUUCAAAUAUGAUGUCUCUUUGCCAGGAAAAAAUAUGUAUAAAGACUGAGGAAAAACAUACAUUUUAUAUUUAUUUUAAGUGUUUUUCAUCUUACUUCCUCAUGUGCCUCAAGAAAGUAAUUUUAUUGUUUGGUUUCAGACUUCAUAGGGUUUUUGAAUUUCAUAACGGCAUUAAAAUAGAUUGAAAAGAACUGAAUUCGCUAAAUUGCAGGUCAGGGAUUAAUUUGGGUUUUUAGCAGAAAUCUGAUGUUAAGCUUCUUGAUCUGGUAUUAUUGUGUGGACAUGUUGGUUUGUCAUGCAACAGAAUUAAACCUACCACCAGCCA